UCUCCAACUCCCACAUGUGUCUUGUGCAACUUCUCUGUUUAUGUUUCCCCUCUUCCUUUAAAAGAGCACACUAGCUGCUUUGGAGGCAGUUGAAACGGCAUCAUGGAGAGAGAAGUGCUUCUGGUUGCUGCCUUGUUUAUUGUCACCCUCUUUUCUCGCACUGAGUGCAUCGUCGGUGGCAGAGAGGCAGAGCCGCACUCUCGGCCUUACAUGGCCUCCAUCCAGGUCCCAGAGGGAGACGCUCUGAAGCAUGAAUGUGGAGGCUUUGUGAUUGCAGAUCAGUGGGUGAUGACAGCCGUGCACUGUCUGCCGAACGGGCCAAACGGGAGGAAGGUCGUACUGGGUCUCCAUUCCCUGAGUCAGCCGGAAGAGACAAAACAAACCUUUGACAUUUUGGAACUUCACAAUCAUCCUAACUUCAACCUGGAUAAUUUUGAUAAUGACAUUUCUUUGAUCAAGUUGGAUCGCCCGUUCAACACCUCUGAAGCUGUUCAAGCUGUGCAGUUCCUGCGAGCCGGCGGCACAAACCCUGAAGCCGGUGCCGAGGUUGAGACUGCUGGCUGGGGCUCUCUGGACAACUUGGGGUCCAGACCGGACAAGCUGAGAGAGGUGGUGAUCGAAGUGAUUCGCCCCACUCGAUGCUCGCGCAGUGACUACUUUGGUUCGAAGUUUACCAGCAACAUGAUGUGUGCAAAUAAAGUCUGCAAGGACCCUUGCGACCAACCCUUCCGUGUUCAGGAUGGCUGUGAUGGAGACUCUGGAGGCCCUCUGCUCUACAACAAUGUUGCAGUGGGUAUCACCUCCAAUGGAGGGAAGAAGUGUGGCCAAGUCAAAAAGCCAGGAAUAUACACCAUCAUCUCCCUCUACACUGAGUGGAUAGACAGCAUCAUGGCCCCACCGCCUGCAGAAACACAAGACCAGAGAAGCUGAAUGCAGGAAACGGCUGCAGUCUGCAGAGAGUUCACUGUCUGAGCCACAGAUCUGCUUUUCUACCCCCCAGCACAGACCAAAAGCUGCUUCAAUUUGGUUUUGUGUGAGGAAAAUAUGCAUGGCUUAAAUUAACAACACAAACGGCAGUAUCUGCAGUACCAAAUACUAACCAAGAACAUGUAUCCCCCCAUCUUUUGAGAUGAAUAAAACACUGAAAAAAGAACA